UUGAUACUUGAAAGCGUCGAAAGCGUGUUUGAAUUCGAAGCACAUUAGAUAAUUAUUUGUAACUGUCGAAUCUCUCCCCUUUCCCUCCACUCUAUCUUUAUCUUUUAUUGUAUUUUGUGGCUACCGGCACUAGGGCUUCUAGAGCCUUACCGGCACUACAGCAGUUAAAGCAGUUUAGUCUAUGGUGAGUAGUGAGUUUACUGAUUCAUGUAGAUUAUUUUUCAAUCAAAGGUGUUCAUAUUUGAAAUGAGAUUAAAACAAACUGAUCUGUACCGACACGAAAUGACUAAUCGAAUGAUAUUUAUUGUUGAUUGAAGAAUUCUCAUUUCGUUAUCUCGUUAGUCAUUUUGAUAUUGAUGAAUUGACGUUCUCUCUGAAUAAUUGAGACGUUCAUUAUCAGAUUCGUCGAAGAUCUACUGAACGUUGAAUGAUAGUCAGAAAUCUCGAAUAAUAUUCAGAAUCACCAGAACCACGAUGGAUUCAGUUGGUUUACUAGAAGUUAAAUGCAUAAUCGACGAUAAGAUCGUAAAAGGAAGAUGUUAUUUUAGAAUCGUCAUCGCGCAGCCACCCGCCAAACUAUGGAUACCGGGCGAGAAAAUACCAUCGUCGGAAUUAGUCAUCGAAUACUGUAAGCAAUCAAUUCAAAAUAUAUCCGCCAAGAAACGUAAACCAGACGAAAUUGCUCUUAGAAUUUAUAAUCUAUUGAGUCAAUGCGAGAAAAAAGAAUUUGAUCGUCUAGUAAGCAACUUUCUCACCGCCAAAGGUCUCCAGUUACCCAUAUCCCAAUACGAAAGUGUUUUAGAAAGAUUGAAACAAAUUGUUCACGAAGGAACAACCGAUAACCAAACCAUGGAAAAACUACGUCGCGAUAUUCUCAUAGAAAGAAUCCUUCAAGAACGGAACCAACAACUGGUUAAUUUGAAAAAAGCUGAACUGGAAAUAAACGUGAUCAGCGAUAGUAACAGUUACAUCGGAGUCGUUAAUAACAUCGACUUGGAACCAUUUCCAGCUAAUUUUAGAUACACCAAUAAAUACAUAGCGUGUUCGCCUGCUAUCCCCGAAGAAGUAAUGGUCGGCUGCGAUUGCAGUACUAAAGAAACCUGCUGUCUAUCAGCAUGUUCGCAUUUCAACGAUGAAAAAAUGUUUCGUAAAACUGCUUCCGCAAAAGCAAGAGAGAAAGGAGACGACGAACGUGUCCUUCCUUACGAUGAAAAUGGUAGGAUUUCGAAUACGUUAAAGUGUCCGAUUUACGAAUGCAAUAAGUUUUGUAAAUGCGACGAUAGUUGUCAAAGACGAGUCGUACAAAAAGGAUCGAAAAUUCCACUCGAAAUAUUUCGUUGUUUGAAUCGAACCGGUUGGGGUGUUCGUACACUGGAAUUUAUUCCUAAGGGUCAAUUCAUCUGUCGUUAUAGCGGAGAAGUUAUCGAAUGGGAGGCUGGUAAUCUUCGUAGUUGUAAAGAAUACUUGUUCGAUAUUGAUUAUAACAUCGAUCCUGAGAAGGGUCAUUCGACUUUUACUGUAGACGCUUUCCAGUACGGAAAUGUUUCCAGAUUUAUUAAUCAUAGUUGCAAUUCUAACUUGAGUAUUCAUGUAGUGUUCAUUAACAACGUUCAUCCCGAACUGGGUGAAAUUUGUUUUUUCUCUCAUCGAGAUAUCGAAGCGAUGGAAGAGUUGACUAUUAAUUACGAAGGUCUGGUUAAGAAAAAUAAUAACAAUGUGUGCAGAUGUGCUCAAUGCGCGUAGUCUUCCGUUAUUUUUUAUAUUUGAUGAUUUCUGACUUUUUUGAUAUUACUUUUUUUUGUAUGAUUUUUUUCGUUAAAUAACUGAACGCUAAUGUAUAAUGAUAAGAAAUUUAUAUAUUUACAUUUUAUCAAUGUACAAAACAAUUAUUAAAAAUUCGUUUAAAUGGUU